AUGCCGCGCAAACGCGUUGCGAGGAAGGCCCGUGGUCGCCGCGCGAUCUGCCGAGCGGAGAACGCGGAGAAGGGUAGCGCGUCGACGGCGAGGGGCGAUGGUGACGCAAGCGGCGCGUCCCUCUCCGUGCUCGUCGUGGGCGGCGGCGGUCGCGAGCACGCGCUCUGCUACGCGCUGCGCCGCUCGCCCUCCACCGCGCACGUCUUUUGCGCGCCGGGAAACGCGGGCAUCGGCCUGUCCGGCGACGCCACGUGUCUCCCGUCCCUGGACAUCCGCAGCAGCAAGAGCGUGAUCGAAUUCUGCCGCGAAAACCGCGUCGGGCUCGUCGUAGUGGGGCCCGAAGCGCCCCUAGUCUCGGGAUUAGUGGACGAUUUAGUUGAGAACGGGAUUCCCGCGUUCGGGCCGACGCAAGGUGCGGCGCAGCUGGAGGGCUCGAAGGGGUUUAUGAAGAUGAUCUGCGAUAAGUACGGCAUUCCGACGGCUAAGCACGCGUCCUUCACAGACCCAGCCAAAGCCAAGGCGUACAUCCGCGAGCAGGGCACGCCCAUAGUGGUCAAAGUGGACGGGCUCGCAGCGGGCAAGGGCGUGGUGGUCGCAACAACCCUCGCGGAAGCGGAAGCGGCAGUGGACCGCAUGCUCAUCGACCGGGAGUUCGGCUCCGCGGGUGGACAAGUGCUAGUGGAAGAGUUUUUGACUGGAGAAGAGGCGUCGUUUUUCGCGGUGGUGGACGGGACGUCGGCUGUCCCGCUGGCCUCCGCGCAGGAUCACAAGCCGGUGGGGGAGGGCGACACGGGCCCGAACACGGGCGGCAUGGGCGCGUAUUCCCCCGCGCCAGUGGUGACUGCGGAGGUGGAGCGGUUUGUGAUGGAGCGGAUUAUUGCGCCGACGGUGAAGGGGAUGAGGGCCGAAGGGCUGCCGUUCACGGGCGUGCUGUAUGCCGGGCUCAUGGUGGAUGCGAGUACGGGCACGGCGAAGCUGCUGGAGUAUAAUGUCCGGUUUGGAGACCCCGAGUGCCAGGUGCUGAUGAAGCGCCUGCAGUCGGACCUCUCCCAGCUGCUCCUCUCCGCCUGCCACGGCACCCUCUCCUCCCUCCCCCCGCUGCAAUGGACAACUGACGCCGCCCUCGUCGUCGUGCUAGCUGCCAAGGGCUACCCGGGAGCAUACGAGUCUGGAACGCCCAUCCACGGCCUUGCUGCUGCUGCUGCCACUGAUCCGAGAGUCACUGUUUUCCACGCGGGAACGAAGCUUGUGCCUGGAGAGGGAGCGGCAGGAGCAGCCGCCGCAGGCGGGGCGGCCGAAGGGAGGACUCCUGGGGCGUUGGGUGAGGCGGAGAGGGGAGUGAGUGAGGGGAGAGAGGGCCAGGUGGUGGCGGCGGGGGGGAGGGUGUUGGGUGUUACUGCGCUGGGAGGGAGCGUGGGGGAAGCGCAGGCUGUGGCGUAUAGAGCGGUGGAUAAGGUGGAGUGGAAGGAGGGGUUUUGCCGGCGGGAUAUUGGGUGGAGGGCUGUGGAGAGGGAGAGGAAGCACAAUCAGGCGAAGUGA